ACCAAAAUAGCCCACUUAACAAUAAAUCUACUUCCAUGACUCUUGGCAUUCUAGCUUCAGCAGGUGCAUUUACUUUCACUAGAUUGCACAUGCCACCAAGAAGUCACAUCCCAGGCGGACCAUCCAGCAUUGCCGCUGUAUCUGGUGGAGCAGAACCCCAACGCACGGGGGCCAACAUCAAAAUGUCAUCCAACCGAGACAUUGUCAGGCAAUCUGUUAAUUACCAGCCACCUAUCUGGGGAUACGACAAUGUUCAAUCGUUGAGAAGUGAAAAUGAUGGAGAAUCAGAUACCACUAACGUCGAAAAACUCAAGAAACAUGUCCGAAUGAUGCUGGAUGAAGCGGCGGAUCCAUUACAUCAGCUGGAGCUCAUUGAUGAUUUGCAGAGACUUGGAAUCUCUUAUCACUUCCAGGAGGAGAUAGAGAAAAUACUAAGAAGGAUAUACAGCAAUAACCGAAACAAUUAUGAAGAAAAGCAUCAAAGUUUAUAUGCUGUUGCUCUUGAAUUCAGACUCUUAAGGCAACAUGGUUACGAUAUACCUCUAGAAAUCUUCAGUUGUUUCAAGGAUGAGAAGGGAAAAUUUGAUCCGUCUCUCAGUGUAGAUUACAAAGGACUUCUUUCUCUGUAUGAAGCUGCGUUCCUUUUGAAAGAAGGAGAAUCAAGUAUGUUCCAUGAAACUGCAAACUUCACAACCACACACCUUAAAGAAUAUGCAAACAAGCAUUACAAAGAUGAUGACUAUCUUUUCCGACUGGUGAACCGUGCAUUGGAGCUUCCACUUCAUUAUAGAAUUAUGAGACCAGAGUCAAGGUGGUUCAUAGAUGUAUACGAGAGAAGACAAGAUGCCAACCCGGCCUUGCUUGAUCUUGCUAAACUAGAUUUCGACAUUCUGCAGGCAAUACAUCAACAAGAUCUCAAGUUUUCAUCAAAGUGGUGGAAGAGUACGGGUCUGAGUAAGAAGCUGAGCUUUGCAAGGAACAGACUGGUGGAGUAUUUUUUAUGGAAUGUGGGGACGUCUUUCCAGCCUGAAUUUCAACAUUGCAGGAUCAUGAUCACGAAGUUGAUCGCUUUGAUAACAAUUAUCGACGAUGUUUAUGAUAUGUGUGGCACUUUGUAUGAACUAGAACUCUUUACAGAUGCAAUUGAGAGAUGGGACUUGAAGGCAAUUGAGCAACUUCCAGGCUAUAUGAGGACCUGUUUUCUUGCUCUCUACAAUUCCACCAACGAAAUUGCCUCUGAUGCUCUCAAACAACAAGGGCUUCACAUUAUUCAUUACCUAAGGAAAGAGUGGACAAAUUUAUGCAAAUCCUAUCUAGUGGAGGCAAAGUGGUACUCUAGUGGAUACGUUCCAACCCUUGAUGAAUACAUUAAGAAUGCAUCUGUUUCAGUAGGAGGACCUCUCGUACUUGUCCAUGCCUCAUUUUUCAUUACCAACCCAACAAGAAAGGAGGCGUCUGAGUUUUUACAAGAACAUCACAACAUGUUUCACAAUGCAUCCAUGAUAAUAAGAUAUGCAAACGAUCUUGGAGCAUCAUCGGAUGAAUUGGAUAGAGCAGACGUUCAUAAAUCAAUCCAGUGUUACAUGCAUGAAACUGGAGCUUCAGAAGAAGAGGCUUGUAAACACAUACAAGAGCUGAUUGCUUCUGCAUGGAUGAAAAUGAACAAGUACAGAGCUGAAAACGCUAACUUGUGCAAUGCUGUUGUUGAAUAUUCGAUGAAUCUGGCCAGGAUGGCUCAGUACAUGUACCAGUAUGGGGGUGGGCAUGGUGUUGAAGACUCUAAGACUGAAGAUCGUGUAUUGUCAUUACUUGUUAAUCCUUUUCCUCUUAGAUAUAGAGAUCAUGAGCAAAGAGACCAUGAAAAAUCAUCACUUUCCUAUUUAUAAAUUAUAAUAGGUGGGUAAGUACACAUUUAUAAUGGGUGUACUGGAAAUAUAUAUGUACUCAUAGUACAUAUUUAUAAAUUAUAAUGAGUGGUUAGAUAA